AUGGCUAUGGAUGUUGAAAACGAUCCAGGAUGGAAGUACCUGAGACGAAGUCGGGAGCAGAUAAUCGAGGAUCAAUCUGCUCCGUAUGAUUCAAAAAAGAAUUGCUGGAUACCGGAUAAAGAAGAAGGUUAUAUAGAUGCUGAAAUUGUUGAAACAAAGGGAGAUCAAGUUGUGGUUAUGUCCAAUGGACAACAGAAAACACUGAAAGCAGAUUUAAUCAGUCAAAUGAAUCCACCAAAGUUUGAAAAAACUGAAGAUAUGUCAAAUUUAACAUUCCUUAAUGACGCAUCUGUCCUUCAUAACCUGAGAGCCCGUUACAAAGCUAUGCUGAUUUAUACCUAUUCUGGACUAUUCUGUGUUGUAAUCAAUCCAUACAAACGUCUUCCAAUUUAUACAGAUUCAGUCGCACGAAUGUACAUGGGAAAGCGAAGAAAUGAAAUGCCACCACAUCUUUUUGCAGUCUCAGAUGAAGCUUACCGUAACAUGUUACAAAACCACGAAAAUCAGUCUAUGCUGAUUACAGGUGAAUCCGGUGCUGGUAAAACAGAAAAUACAAAAAAGGUUAUUGCCUAUUUCGCAUCCGUAGGUGCAAGCCAACAAGAGGCUGCUGCUGGCGAAGCAACAACGCAAAAAUCUGGAGAAAAGAAGGUCACACUAGAAGAUCAAAUUGUUCAAACUAAUCCAGUUCUUGAAGCUUUCGGUAAUGCAAGAACAGUGCGUAAUAACAACUCCUCGCGUUUUGGAAAAUUCAUCCGUAUUCAUUUUUCAAAAUAUGGCAAAGUUGCAUCUUGCGAUAUUGAACAUUACCUUCUGGAGAAGUCUCGUGUAAUCAGGCAAGCACCAGGUGAACGGUGCUACCAUAUUUUUUACCAAAUGACCUCAGAUUUGAUACCUGAUCUCAAAGAAAAGCUGCUGCUCGACCGGCCAAUGCGUGAUUACUGGUUCGUCGCGCAAGCAGAAUUGACUGUUGAUGGUAUGGAUGAUAAAGAGGAGUUUGCAUUAACUGAUGAGGCGUUCGAUAUUCUACACUUCUCCGCAGAAGAAAAACUGAACUGCUACAAGUUGAUGUCAGCACACAUGCAUCUCGGUAUCAUGAAAUUUAAGCAAAGACCACGAGAAGAACAAGCUGAACCAGACGGAGUUGAUGAAGCCGAAAAAGCAGCGGCCAUGUAUGGAGUAGAUACCGAAGAACUUCUGAAAGCUUUCACUCAUCCUCGGGUAAGGGUAGGAACUGAAUGGGUCAACAAAGGUCAAAACGUAGACCAAGUAACCUGGGCUCAAGGUGCUAUGGGAAAAGCUAUUUAUGCUCGAGUAUUCGGCUGGCUUGUAAAGAAAUGUAAUAUCACCCUAGAUCAAAAAGGUGUCCCCCGAGACUACUUCAUAGGUGUAUUAGAUAUUGCAGGCUUCGAAAUUUUCGAUUUCAACUCGUUUGAACAGCUAUGGAUCAACUUUGUAAAUGAAAAGCUGCAGCAAUUCUUUAACCACCACAUGUUCGUACUGGAACAAGAGGAGUAUGCUCGUGAAGGUAUCAACUGGACAUUCAUUGAUUUCGGCCUUGAUCUGCAAGCGUGCAUUGAACUUAUUGAAAAACCUAUGGGAAUUAUUUCAAUGCUUGACGAAGAAUGCAUCGUCCCAAAAGCAACUGACAUGACACUAGCUCAGAAACUUAAUGAGCAACACUUGGGUAAACACCCUAACUUUGAGAAACCAAAGCCACCAAAGGGUAAACAGGCAGAAGCUCACUUUGCCAUGCGGCACUACGCCGGUGUCGUACGAUACAACGUUACGAACUGGCUAGAAAAGAACAAGGACCCUCUAAAUGACACUGUUGCAGCUUGUCUUAAAGCUUCAAAAGAAAAUGCACUUUUGAAUGAAAUCUGGGCAGACUACACCACACAAGAGGAAGCAGCAAACGCAGCUAAAAGUGGAGGUGGCGGAAAAAAGAAGGGAAAAUCUGGUUCUUUCAUGACAGUGUCUAUGCUAUACCGUGAAUCUCUGAACAGUUUAAUGGGUAUGCUAUAUAAAACCCACCCCCACUUUAUCCGCUGCAUUAUUCCAAAUGAGAAGAAAACUUCCGGUCUUCUGGACGCUGCUCUGGUACUGAACCAACUGACAUGCAACGGUGUACUUGAAGGCAUCCGUAUUUGCCGUAAAGGAUUCCCUAACAGAACUUUACACCCAGAUUUCAAAGAACGUUACGCCAUCCUCGGUCCGUUAGAAUCAAAGUGUAGUGAAGAUCCAAAAGAAUGUGCAGUAAAGAUGCUGGACAGACUUGUUAGUCAAGGCGACUUAACAGAAGAAAAUUACAGAAUUGGACAUACUAAGGUGUUCUUCAAAGCUGGUGUGUUGGCUCACUUGGAAGACCUUCGGGAUGAGCGACUCGCUUAUCUAAUUGCUGGAUUGCAAGCUCAAAUUCGUCAAUACUGCAUACAGAUUGACCUGAAAGAAAGACGAGAAGUGUACGCAGCCACAAAGGUUAUCCAAUAUAACGCUAGAGACUGGAUCACUUUGAGAGAAUGGCGAUGGUUUAAAAUUUAUGCCAGCGCGAUGCCGCUGGUACGUGCUAGCAAAGUGGAAGAGAUCCUUGAACAACUUAAGGUUGACAUUGUUGAUGUAGAGAAGAAACUGGAAGAAAAGAAGAAAGACACCGCAGGCCUCAAAGAUGUCCUUCAAAGCGCACUAGACGAAAAAGCUGCAGUGAUACAGGAAAUCAAGAACUCUCGUUCCGGAAACACAGAAGCUGAAGAUCGCAUUGACCAGCUGCAGGAACUGCAAAAAGAACUAGAAAGUACAAUAGCAGAAGCAAAUCAAAAACUGGAAGAUGAAUGCAAAAGAACAUCAGAUGCUCAAGAGGAGGUCCGAAAAACAGAAGAGGAAUUAGAUGCAAUUAAAAAAUUAAUGCAAGACACUGAGUUAGGCAAAAGAAAGAUGGCUUCUGAGAAAGCUGCAAGAGAUAACCAAAUUCGUGCUCUACAAGAAGAAGUGGCUCAGCAAGACGAGACGAUCGCCAAAUUGACAAAAGAGAGGAAACACCAAGAAGAAAAAGCCAAGAAGAUGGCAGAUGAUAUGAAGUCCGAAGAGGAAAGAAACGAACAAGCUAAUCGCGUCAAAGCAAAACUUGAGCAAAAUUUAGAAGAACUUGAAGACAGUAUUGCUAGAGAAAAGAGAGCACGUCAAGAUGCAGAAAAAGCAAAACGUAAAGCCGAAGGGGAUUUCAAAAUCGUCCAGGAAACCUUAGAUGAGUUGAAUAAGCAAAAACGGGACAUAGAAACGAGUUUUAAGAAGAAAGAUGCCGAGUGUCGUGCAAUCGAGACCAGACUUGAUAACGAGCAAAAACUGAUAGCUCGUGUCACCAAACAAGCGAAAGAUGAAGAAGCUCGCAUCCAAGAACUCGAGGAGGAACUAUCUAACGAGCGGGAUGCACGUUCUAGAUCCGAGCGAGCUAAGUCCGAACUUCAAAGUGAGCUUGAAGAAAUGAAUGAUCGUUUAGACGAGCAAUCUCGUGCAACGGGAACACAAAUCGAGACUGGGAAAAAGCAAGAGGUCGAGAUUGCAAAACUUAGACGAGACCUAGAAGAAGCAAAAAUGACACAGGAGUCUGCGCUAGCAAGUACAAGAAAAAGAAAUAUUGAUGGCAUUGCACAGCUAAAUGAACAGCUAGAUGAUGUGAAAAAAACCAAAAUCAAGGGAGAAAAGGAAAGAGCUCUUUUCCAGAAACAACUUGAUGAUAUUACUGCACAGCUCGACGCAGAAACUAAAGCUAAAGUUGAUCGCGAAAGAGCAAUUAAAAAUUAUGAAGAAAGAAUUGCAGAUCUCCAGGCGAAAUCAGAAGAGCAAGCAAGACAGCUUCAAGAGUUAACUUCACAAAAAAAUCGCCUGCACAAUGAAAACAGUGAUUUUGCGAGACAGGCAGACGACCUUGAAGAACAACUUGCAGCUAUGACAAAGGUUAAAGCGCAGUUAGUCACCCAACUAGAAGAAGCGAAACGAAGCGGCCUUGAAGAAACUCGUGAACAACAAAGUCUUAAUGCAAACGUCAAAAACUUGCAGUUGGAGGUUGACCAACUUCGAAGUUCACUUGACGACGAAAUUGAAAGCAAAAGCGAAUUGAUACGACAGCUAGGCAAAGCCAAUCUAGAAAUUCAACAGUGGAAAGCUAAAUUUGAAGAACAAGGCUUUGUUCCUGCUGACGCGGUUGAGGACAUCAAGAAGAAGCAGCAGUCCAGUGUAUUGGAACUUGAAGAAGCGCUGGAUGCAGCCAAUUCAAAACUUGCUGCCCUAGAAAAGAUGAAGACUCGCUUCAGCACUGAAGCCGAUGAAGCACAUACCGAAGCAGAGCGGCACCUCGCAACAAUUGCUCAAUAUGAUAAAAAGCAAAAAGCUUUUGAUAAAGUUAUCGAAGAAUGGAGGAAAAAGGUUGAUGACCUCAACAGCGAACUUGACGCUGCACAGAGAGAGAGCCGUAAUGCUUCCACUAAUCUGUUCAAAGAACAAGCAGCUAACGACAGUCUCAGUGUACAGAUCGAAGGUCUUAAACACGAAAACAAAAACCUGUCGCAGGAAAUAAGAGAUCUGCAGAAUCAGUUGGCAGAUGGAGGGCGAAAUGUACAUGAUAUGCAGAAAAUGAUUCGACGACUAGAAGUUGAAAAAGAUGAACUUCAGCGUUCGCUUGACGAAGCUGAAGCUGCGUUAGAGGCUGAGGAAAGCAAAGUUGCUCGUGCACAGUUAGAGGUUAGCCAAAUAAGGGCAGAAAUUGAAAAACGAAUUCAAGAGAAAGAAGAAGAAUUUGAAAACACGAGGAAAAACCACCAACGUACCAUUGAAGUCAUGCAGGCUUCAUACGAAAACGAAAAAAAAGAAAAAGUUGACUUGACACGUGUGAAGAAGAAGCUCGAAAUGGAUAUCAGCGAAUUAGAAGUAGCUUUGGACCACGCUACGAGAGCAAACGAGGACGCACAGAAAAAUGCCCGAAAAUAUGCCGAUCAGAUUGCGGAACUGCAAGCUGUGAUCGACGAAGAGCAACGAAGACGAGAAGAAUUCCGGGAGAACUUCCUGAACGCAGAGAAAAAACUUGCUGCUGUACAAAUGGAAAAAGAAGAUUUUAUGGUUAAGUCGCUUCAGCUUGAAAGAGGUAAAAAACAAAUCGAUGCCGAAGUUAACGAGGCUCGUGCACAACUAGAUGAUCUCACAGCCCAAGGAAAUGACUUGAGCGCAGCUAAAAAGAAGCUCGACGGUGACGUACUUCUUAUUAAGACUGACCUGGAUGAAACCUACACGGAACUUCGAGCAUCUGAAGAACGUGCUAAAAAUGCUGCCUUAGAAGCUGCUCGUCUUGCCGAACAGCUACGUCAAGAGCAGGAGCGCAGUCAAAUUGCAGAAAGGGAGAGGAAAGGCCUAGAAUUAAGCAUCAAAGAAUUGCAAGCUAAGAUUGACGAGGCCGAAACUGCCAUGUUGAAGGGCAGCCAGAAGGCUAUUGGCAAGUUAGAGCACCGUGUUAAAAUGCUUGCUGGUGAUAUUGAAGGAGAAAAGCGCCGUUACCAAGACGCCAUGAAGAAUGUAACAAAGCAGGAUAGGAAGGCUCGUGAACUUCAGUUCCAGGUUGAAGAAAAUAAAAAGAGGCUUGAUCAACUGCAGGAAGUAGCAGAGAAGCUUCAAGCCAAAGCUCAAGCGCAGAAAAAGCGAUCUGACGAAGCUGAGGAACUGGCCAAUAUAAACCUACAAAAAUACAGGCAGCUCCACACUGCAUUAGAGAACGCUGAAGAGAGAGCCGAAGCUGCAGAAAAUGGUCUACAAAAGAUCAGAUCAAAGAGCCGAAUUGGUGGCAAUUCAGCUUCACAGAACCGCGAAAUCACCCAAGCCAACGACAUUUCCAGUCAGUAA